GUUGGAACCGGAAAUAUACAAUUUCCUCAUGAAACUGAACAGAUAAAAAUCAUUUACCCUCAAAAUGUCCCAGUAUAUUCAAGUAGCCGAAGACGAAGGUGAAGAGCCAAUUGAAAUCCCUAGCGAAGAUGAUGCGACUCUGCUCUUGUCAACUCUAUCUGCCCAGUUCCCCGGAGCAUGUGGAAUGAAAUACAGAAAUCCAACCACUGGAAAUUUUCGAGGCAUUAGACUGACGGAUGGUACAUUAUUCCCACCUGAUGGUAACUGGGGACAGAACGUCUAUAUUGUAGUGUUUGCAAAAGAAAAUAAAAGAAAAGGUGAGGAAGGUAUUGAAAAUCCUGGAGCAAAGAACAAAUGUCUAGACAAGCAACGAUGCAGUGACCUAAUUGUUCUUGGGUUGCCAUGGAAGAGUACAGAAGAUGAUCUGAGGCGGUACUUUUCACAGUUUGGUGAACUUUUGCUGGUUCAGGUAAAGAGAGAUCCAAAAACAGGACAGUCCAAAGGUUUUGGUUUUAUUCGAUUUUCUGAAUACGAGUCUCAGGUCAAAGUUUGUUCACAAAGGCAUAUGAUUGAUGGUAGAUGGUGUGAUGUCACAAUUCCAAACUCUAAUGAAGGUGCUGCUCAGAUGGUUAGUCGAAAAGUGUUUGUUGCCAGAUGUACAGAAGAUUUGACAACAGAAGAUUUGCGUCAGUACUUCAGCAAGUAUGGGGAAGUUGUAGAUGUGUUCAUUCCAAAGCCAUUUAGAGCUUUUGCAUUUGUUACAUUUGCAGAUCCAGCAAUAGCUCGAGCUCUGUGUGGUGAAGAUCAUAUCAUCAAAGGAGCUAGUGUUUACAUAACUACAGCAGCGCCAAAAAAUUCUGAAAAAAUAGUGAUGAAGGAUAAGGAGAGAGGGUAUCAGAAUUCUGGUGGUUCUCGUAACCAGAAUUAUCAAGGUGGAUGGAAUGUGCAGCAGCAAGGAAAACCAAUUCAAACCCUUCCUCCUGCACCAAUGGGUGAUCCCAAUUUCAACCAGUUUGGGAUGAAUUUGUUGAAUUCUGCCAUGUUUGCAGCUGCCCAAGCUGUUUUAAGUGGCCAGGCUAAUUUUCCUGGUCAACAACAACCUCCACCUGUUCAGCAAACCACCCAGCCCGCAUCAGCUAGUGAUUCCUUUACUAGUCAGACUUAUGAUUCAACACGUCAAAACAGCAGUAGAGGUUUCUUUGGGGGUUGGAGUGGGGGGACAGAUGGCAGUAGUUAUGCCAGCUGGGGAGGGGCACAACAACAACAGCAACCACAGCAACAACAACCAAGUGGUUGGAAUUAGGACUUUUAAAUUGUUAUUGUUUUAGCAUCAGUACUUAAAUCCUCAAAAGUAAUCAUGUAGAUGAAAACUAAAUAUUUUCCAUAAUUUUUCUUAAAUUCUUACACUUAAGAGGUUAUAUAAUGGAACAGGCCUGCCAUCUUCAAUAUGGUGCAAAUCGCUAAAAUAGUGAAAAUUGUCUAAAUUUUUCAGUUAACGCAGGUUAAACAUCCAUUGUUUGUCUUGAUGCAAGAUUUUAGAGUAGAUUUGUUUUUGGUUUCCACAGAAUUCCCCUGAGACAUGUUUCACUGUUAAUGCAUUUUAUCCUGUUUCAUUUCAGGACGAUUGUUUUAAAAUUCUAGCAUGGCCUGAUGAAAAAUUGUAGACAAAAAAUAGGCUAUAGCCAUCCUGGUCCUCAUUUUAAAAUACAUGUCUACUUUUAACAAAACUUAGGAAAUGUUGAGAUUACCUUGAUUUCAUUUUUUUACCGACUGGAUUUCAAUAAUGUUGCAUUUGACAAAAAAAAUAUUUUACUUUCGUAGGAUUUUUUCUCUGAUAAAAAGAUUGAAGCCGCAUUUCUUUAUAGUACAUUUACUUAAUGUUGUUUCAAUUUUCUGUGUCUGCCUAAAUCUAUCUGAUGUUCAAAGACUAAUUAGGUUUUUGAAAUGCCACUUGGGUUUUGGGGGGUACAUUGAUGCUUAAUUCAUUAAUUAUUAAGUAAACUUUUACUUCAGGUCCCCAUUUGUGUAUUAUAUUCUGAAUAAUUGUCCAUUUAUAGUCCUUUGCUGGAAGACAGUGGACUCUUGGUUAUCUUUUUACAAUCUUCUUGUAAACAUUAAAAUGUCCAUGUUCAAUGUUCAGACAGCUGUCAAAAUUUAUUAUAAAGGAAGUAUUGACGAUGAAAAAAAUAUUUUUUUGUCUAGGAAAUAAAAAGCUUAGAUUUGAAAAUACUAAAAAUGUAAUGUCAUAUAACCUCAAAUUUAAUUCUUACAGAAAAAGCACUUUUUUUACCUGUUCUGGCUAUAUAAAAUGCAUAACUUCGGUGGAUACAUGUAGUUGUCUCAUUGGCAAUCAUACCACAUCUCCUUAUUUUUAUAUAAUUCAAUUUAAUCAUCUUUCAAUUUCAAAGUCUAUUCUCUAUUGAAAAAAGCUACAAUUAUUUUAUAUAACAUUGAUUCCAGGAACAGUCAAUGUUUCAUUUUUUCUGAAAUUAUUUAACUAGAUUGACGUAUGUGUAAUAAUUAUUUCAGCAUAAUAUGAAAGCUCAGAAUCAGGUUGUUCCCAGUUCCCAAUUUUUAUACAUGUUCUAGUGCUAGAGUAAUAUUUUUAUAUUAUUUUUUUUUCUGUUGUUUGUUAUUUAGUAAAAUUUAUAUGGUUUUAUCUGUAAAUUCUAAAAAAAAAUAUGUUGGUGCGGUUUUAAGUGACGAAUGAAUUUUAUUGAAUCAUGAACUAAAGAACUUGGAUGUGAUGAUGUGUGAAAUUAAGAUCAUGGGUGAAAAUUGAAAGAUUUGACAUUUCCAUCAAAUGGAUAUGGUAUGAACUAGACUUGUGUGUAUCAGAAUGGAUCGAAUCUGUACGAGUAACAAAAACGCGAACUCGAACAAAAUGUGUGGAUCUUGUGAUGGACUGGAUUGAAUCGUGUGUGGAUUUGCUGCAGACUGAAUUGAACUGAAUGGAUUAAACUGCUAUCUGUUAUAUUGUGUGGACUGAAUUUGUGUGAUUUUUGAAUGAAAUGUUAUUUUUGGUUUGAUUCUUUGACAAAUGAAAUUAGUUUUCAAAAAAAAUUAUGAAAUGUGUGUAAAAUCAUGAUUUAUUCAUUACCCCACCAUUAGAAUUCAUGUUUAAUUUUUUAAAGCCAAAUGCCAUUAAAUUAAUUUUCACCUUAACAUAAAUAAUUUAAAAAAAACAGUUUUGCUUACUGUUUUCACUGUCAGCAUUAAAUACAUAAGUGGCAUAUAAACAUAAAAUCAAGCAACAUUUAAAAAGAUAUUAGGAGGGAAGGGGAUCUGAAAGUUAUUCCAAAGCAAUAAAAGUGAGUGACGUUUGGUUUCAGCCUUAUUUUUGUUGGUAUUUUUUCUGACCUUUGAACAAAUUUUAGAGGUUCGAAAUUGAAAACGGAAUUUAAUACCCCCAAACAAUUACACACUUUUACCCCUGGCCUUUGGUCUACAUAGGGACUGCCACAUUACUUGUACAUGUAUUGUAUGCCAGUGUAAUGAUAACCUCAAACUGAAUAAGAUUUUUUUCUUUUCAAAUCAGGAGUAAUAUAAUCAUGACUUUAAUCACCUAAGUUUCAAGUACAAGUGUUUAGCUAAAUACUGUUUUUAUUUAUUGAUUAGCCCCUUUUUGAACAAAAAUCAAUUUGCUCUGACUCAUCAUAACUUAUACAAAUUAAUUUGGAUGUGAUUUUGUGAAUGUGGUGUGAAUAAAAAUAUAUAUCAAAGUA